UUGUUGCCAGAAAUAGGGAUGGAAGCUGAAACGGGGCAACCAUCCAGCAGUCUAUAUCACUCUCGGAAAGAUGAGAGCAGUUGCACAGAAAAGUCAUUUCUUUGUCGGCUAGUAACUUAAGCAGCCCAAUUGUUAUUGGUUCUGAAGUACAGUUAAGGGAGAAGCAGCAACAGAGCAAGGGAUUUGUCUCUAAAAGAAGGAAGGGGCGAAGUACUGGGGAAAGGAAUGCAAUCGGAGCAAACUGUAAUUAUGAUGUGGGCAUAAAAUUGAAAGGGGAAAUGGCUUUGGUGGAAAGACGUAAUUCAAAGAAGGUUGUCCGGAGUAUGGCGGAUCAGCCGAAUGAUUCUGCUUCUAGAGUUUGUUUGCAAACUAAAUUGGUAUCAUGCGUUAGAAAGAAAAGAGAGAGAUCCUUGCUGGGAAUGGAAUCUCAUGACAAAGAUAUGACACCGGACAAAAAUAGUCUGAGUUCCUUGUUGGAACCUGAACGAAAAAUCCAAAGUUGCAUGAAGAAUGCAAGGAGCUUGAGGGAAAAGCACAGCUGUUCCUUCCUAAAACCAAGUCUUUGCUUAAUGGGAAAGGAUAGGAGUUCUGUAACAGGGCUAGAAUCUCAGAAAGUAACUAGGGGACUGCAGAAAAGCAAAAGCUGUUCUGAACUGGGACCACACCAGAAAACAUGGAACAUGAGGAAGAAGACAAAAUCGGUUUGGCAAGAGCAAAAAGCCUUUAGGAACCCAGAGAAAAGUCAAAGAACAAAUAGGGAGUGUUUGUCUUUUGAGAAGCCUGGUAUACAGAACGUAAGCCUGAGAACUUUGGGAGAAAGAGGGGAGAAUUCUUCUGUUGCAGAGAAUCUAGCAAAAUUACAUGUAGGUGCAGAAAAUAGCAAAUGCCUGUUGAAAAGUGUGGCAAAUCUAGAAGAGAAUGGAAGGUAUAGGGACACUGCAGAAAAAGAGCAUAAAAUGGUAACCCGAGCAUCUUUGAAAUCAGUGGUGUGCAAAAAUGAUAGUAAGAACCUGAGCUGGACACCAGAGAAGUCUGUUUCAGAGGUUCCUGGGUGUAGACAAGUGAUCUUUGAGGAGAAAAUGAUGGAUUGUGGACCCACAGAGGAUCUACUGAUUACCAGAGUACAUGGUAGUAUUAAGAAACAGAGAAAUGGAAAGGAUGAAGUUCUGACUUCAACUGAACUAAAAAAAAAGACCAGAACAUCUAGAGAGCAAGUCCAUGAACUUUCAAGCAUACAGCAUGGAAAAGUUCGCAAGACUGGUCUGAGUACUUCUCAAGAUUGAAUACAAAAUCUGCUAGAGCAAUCUGCAAACCUUCCAGUAUCUAAAUUGGAUGAGACUGAAAGCAAAGAUCCUGUCAUCCCUUGUUUUGGAGCGGAUACUUCCUUGUUUCCUGUUACAAAUGCCAAUUCACAGCUUUUGGACACAACAGUAGCUGAAAAUGUGGAACAAAUGCACGUAGUGCAGCAAAAUGAAGAAUGCAAAUGGCUUUCUAGGCAUAAUACUUUGCAUUAUACAGUAGAAAGGACUACUAUUCCAGUAGUGAGAUUGCUUGACUGUCGUUACAUUAAGGCACUCUUGACACCUACAGAUUUUGAGACCACCCAGAGCUGUAAGGUUCACUCUGGAUCUCUGCAUGUUGCACUUGAUCAGUGUAAGGUUUUGUUCUCUAGCAGGGAUAUGGGACAGAACGAUUUGAGUUGCAGCCCUAAUAUAGUACAAGCUGGACAAUCAUUUCCAGAAAAAAGUACAUUGGUUGAAAAAAAGAUGUGCCAAAAUAUUAAGAACUCAAGAUGUCAAAAUAGAAAGCAAUCCAGGGAAAGUAAAAUGUGUUUAGAUUUCAAAAAGUUAAAUAAAGGGGUUAAAGUGCUUGAGGAUCUGGGGGGAAAAACAGACCAGGAAGCUUUCACAAGCGUGAACAUACACAGUGAAUGUGGAUUACAAAUGGAGAAUAAAACUGCUGUAACAAGUUCAACGAUUUUGGAAAACCCACUCUACAAUGAAGCAACUUUAUUGUCUUCAUUUGGUCAUACACCUGAUUUUGUUCUUGAGAAGGCUGUUCAUAAACCUCAACAUCAACGUGCCAAAUUAUCUCGUGGUACAGAGAUGAGGAAAGCACACUUUACCACAUACAGUGCCAUUGGUUUUGAAAAAUCGGAGGUUCUUGAAAAGAAAAAUAAGUUAAGCAGCAUAGAACCACAACUUUGCUGUAGUAAUAAAUUGGUUGAGAACUCUAUAAGGGAGACAUUAGUCAGUCAGAAAAUUACCGACCACAGCAAUAAUGUUGCUGGCUGUAUGAAAAGAGAAAAAAGAUCCGUCAAAGAAAACACAAUAUAUAAAGUUAGAAAGAAAUUGGAGCUACAAAGCUGUCAAAGAGCAGUACCAAUUUCUGGUAAAAAUGUUUGGCCCCAUGAAUCGUGUGCUAGAACAUACUUGUGGUUUGGUAAAAAUCAUGCAUCAGACUCGAAAAGAGAAUUUUUAAGAGUUUCUGAUUCAGUAAUUCUCUCUGGCCAGGCAGAGCUUCAUAAACCAUUGGCUUGUACUGUCGAAGCUUCUGCAUAUAAGGUAAUGGAUCAUAAAAUGCAACUUCCCAAUGAAAACCCAACCUCAGAAUCUGUAGUUCAUAUAUGCAAGGCUCACUCAGCUACUGCUAACGACAACAGAAUUUCCUCUAUGGGUAUGGAGAGACCUAAACGUUGCACAUCUAGCACUAAGAAUGUAAAGAAAUCAAAAAUAGCUUUAAAUUCCAGCAAAGAGGCUAAAAAUAAAGGAAGUAUAGCAAAGAGAAACAGUUCUAUAGAUACCCAUAAUUGUGUUUGUUCGGACAGUGGAAAACAUAGGAAGACAUCUGUUGUCAAACAAGAACCGCUAAUCAAAGGGAACCUAUCAAAUUUCAAAAUUCCUUUACUGAAGGAUAAAAAUGAAUCCAGAAAAAGAGAAUAUACUAGAUUGUCAAGAAGAGAUAUUUGCAGUCCUUUAGACAUCCUAGAUUCUACUGUGUCAGUGAAGAAAGCCAGAGGUAAAGAGACCUCAUCCAAUGUGAAUUCUGGACAUCAGUUCAAGUCAAAGGAGGUUAGUGGAAUUACUGUCCUACAAGAAAAUGCAGACCAAUUUGACAGUGUUCUCGAAAGCCUUUAUAAAGAGAGAAGUGUUCAUAAUGAAGGUGUGAAGACUUCCCAUGAGAGAGAAUUGGAAUGCGAUAAUCCAGACACUUUGAGUACUGGUUAUAUGGAGAUUCAAAACCACAACUCUGCUGUGGUGUUGGAAGUGCCAACUAAUGAUGAAAGUAGUUGCAGCAAUAACUUUGCACAGGACAAAGCUAAUUUCUCUGCAGAGGUUGUUAAGGCUUAUGAAGAUGAUGUUCUUGUGAUUGAUGUAAUUCAGGAUGACCCUGAUCUGUUUGGAGAAACCAAGGAAGAGAGGAAAGAAGAGGGGCAUUGUACCCAAACCGACUUGAAUGCCAGCAUUUCCAUAAAGGAAGAAAUGGAAUUGGAACCGGAACCCCCUCAGCUUCCACAGAAAAUACAUUUGGAUUGCUGUCCUAGAGAAGAUCCCAUUCAGUAUGAUGGAACAUUGGAGUCUUUCACAGAUGUUGGUGUUCCACUGGCAGAAGUUGACGGAAGUAAAACUGUAGCAGAAUCCUGUUUUGAGGAUGGGCAAUUGAGCGAAUCAGAUUAUGUUAUAAAGAGUUCUGACGCAAAUGAAAAGUAUGAAAUUUCAACUGUGAAAGAAGAAGCAGAGAUUCAAGACACUGCAAAAAUUGAGAAGGCUCGAUAUAUUGAAUCUAUGAGCCAUGAUCAUCAGCUAGAAUUGACACCUCCUGCUAUCAAAACUGAUCCCCGGCAGCAAGUCACAGCAGUGAAACCGUGGAUUUCAGAUUCUCAGGAAAGUUCCUCUUUUGCAGCCAUCAUAUCCCAACAGUUUAAAAAAAAAGUUAUGACUUACCUAGGAUUGAGUUAUCUACCCCAUGGAUUCUGCAGAAUUCAUUUCAAUACAUUGAAUGGUUGUCAGAGAGCGAAUUGCUGGUAUUCACAUUCACUUGCACCAAGACAUGAAAAGUUUUUCAUUGAAAUACUUAAUACAUAUAUAAGUACCGGUGAAGCGGUUUUGUUGCAGCGUGCAGCCCAGGUAUUUACAGAUUACUGCAAAAAUGGUAUUCCUGAAAAGCACUGGGGUUCGCAAGUGCUAAAUAAACUGCUAACAUCUUUGCUCCAGUGCUGUUUGCUGAAAGAUAUUCAUGUAUUCCACACUAGCAUAAUGAUUAAAAUACUGCCAACUGUAGACAUUCUCCUCAGUGUCUAUGAACAAGUGGCGUCCAUGAAACUAAGAGUCUUAGUGCCUGAGUUAAUUGACAUUUCUUGUAAGCUUUGUGAUGGUGGAAUGGUUUUUAAAGACGAGCACGUUGGCUGCAUCACCACAUUCCUAAACCAACUACAAGUUUCCAGUCAGGAACAAGCUAUUUUUUUGUCCAGGUAUCAGGCAAGACAUUUCCAUAAGGCUAGCCUUUGUGACUUGGAUUCAGCAAUUGCAGAAUUUCAGCAUUGCAAAGAAAAAGGUGACUGGGCCAAAUUGGGAACUUUAUACGUUAAUGUGAGAAGUGGAUGUGAAAAUUUUGGUGACCUUGAAAAGUACUCAUUGUGCAUUGCUAACAUCCUGACCGAUUCAGUGACAGAAGAGAGACCAGGCGUUCCUUUUUGUGAAUUUGCAGUUGCAGUUAAAGCUGAUGCUUGUCACAAUGAGACAGAUACAACUUUAUUGGGAAGGAUUGGUAUUGGUGCUAUGUUUUCAUAUUACAAACUACAGCAGUGGCCAAAGGCCAAGAAGGUUCUGGAUACGCUUCAUGCCUUAAAGAUACGUUUCACAUUUUUGAAAGGACUUCUUGGUCAGGAGAGGUUGGCAUCACUGUGCCACAUUGUUAACGUUGCUGUGGAAAUAUUCAAGUGCAGGAGCCUAAAUGGAGCAUUAUGGGUAUUGAGAGAGUCGGAAUGGAUAAUAAGUACUCUAACAUGGCCUUGUGAUCGAAUGGAUGUCCUCAAGCGACAUAACCUGCUAUAUGUAAUAGCAUCUGAAUGCAUUGCAAAGAGCCGUUAUGGAGAUGCAUUUGAAGUCUUACAAAAUCUACCAGGCUUCCAGAAUUCUUGUAAUAGUUUGGAUGUAUCCCAGUACAGGCGUUUAUUUAAUAAACUGCUAGGUGCUUCUUUGGAAAGCCAGAAGCUUCAAAUAUCAUCUACUGUAGUAGAUUUCAUGCUUGCAAAGAACAUUCCCAUUGAAUUUGAUUUACUUAGAACAUUAAUCACAGCACUCGGAAGAGGCUGUUGGUGGCUUAAAGCCAGGACACAUUAUAAACAUGCUUUAGCAUUGGGUUGCUACCCACCACUGGAAGGAAAACUUCACCGUAAACCUCUUCUGAUUCCCUCUUACAUGACUGAGAUUGAGAUGCUGUUAGCAAUUGAAAUUUUCUUGGUUUCUAAUGCUAGUAGUAUUCUGAGUCCUGGUGCUUCCAAUCAAAUACUUCAAAUAGUACUGAAAAGAUGUGAAGGCAAUGAAGAUAACUACCAAUGUGCAGUGGAGAGGUUGAUUCAAGCUACUAACAUAUCUACUCCAAAACUUUUCAUAAAGCAUUUCACAGUAAAUAGUGGCACGGAGCAAGUGUGUAGUUUGGAAAACACUUGUGUACUUGAGUGGUUGAAAGAGAAUAUGAAGUGGGCAGGAAAAGUCUGGCUUUUUUAGUCAUUGAUAAGACUUCAGUUAUAGUAAUCACUGUUCAAAAUAAUGAAUCAAUAAAGGUUUCUGUUGUGUUCAAA